AUCAUACAGGUCCUGCUGCGCGGCCUGCAGCUGCUGUGGACGCUGCUCCUGACGGCGCUGGUGGGCAACGUGAUCGCGAGCAACGUGGCGGCAGCGGCGUCGGCAUCAGCACUAGUCAACUUCACCAUGUUCGUGGUGGUGGUGGCGUGGCUAGUGUCGCUGUACGGGCUGGCGGCGGGCGUGGUGGACAGCGUGUCGUCGCGGUUCGCGUCGCCGGCGGCCGUGUUUACCGUCGACGCGGUCGCCGCCGGCAUCUUCCUGAUCACCGCCAUCGCGCUGGCCGCCAAGCUCGGCGUCGUCAACUGCGGCGACCUGCAGCCCGGCUCCAAGCCUGGUGACUGGAUUGGCUAUGGCAGCUUUGAUGAUGCGAAGCGCUGCCGCGAGCUCCAGGCCAGCACCGUCUUCAUGUGGUUCCUCUUC